UGUUCUCUUUUUUUCCCAAUUAGUAGAAAGGGGGAGCCUCCAAUUAGUACCAACCCUCACAAAGUGUCACUCACUCUGCUGCUGCAUGACACUGAAGAAGCAGUGACUAGUGAGUGUCCUUUUAUAGCUACUCAAAAACCCUUGCCCUUUUUUGUCCUUUUUUCUCUUCUUCCCCAUUUGUAAUGUGAGAGUUGAAUGCAUUUUGAAGAAGAAUUUGGGGCUACUUUUCUGUGGCGGAGACAAUAAGAAAGGCGGUGAGGGUGCAGAUUUAGUAUACGCUGCUGUGUAGAAAAAUAUGGAGGAAAGUCCCUCAUCCAAAGUACCGGAUGGGAUUGUUAAAUGUAUCAAAUUUGGUUUGGCUACACCACAGGAAAUAUGUAAAUCCUCUAUUAGCGAUUGCCCCAUUACGCAUCCGAGCCUACUAUUAAAUCCUUUCCUUGGUCUGCCUCUCGAAGCUGGCAGAUGUGAAUCCUGUGGUACUGCAGAGCCUGGCCAAUGUGAAGGUCAUUUUGGAUACAUUGAGUUGCCCAUUCCUAUUUAUCACCCUGACCAUGUCAGUGAGUUGAAAAAGAUGCUAAGUCUGCUUUGCUUGAAGUGUUUAAAGAUGAAAAACAGAAAGUUUCAGGUUAACCAUGUUGGUGUUCUUGAACGAAUGUUGUCCUCAUGUUGUGAGGAUGUCUCACAAAUCUCAGUAUGUGAGGGUAAAACCUCAGAUGGUGCUGCCUAUUUGGAGCUGAAAGUACCAAAAAAUGCUGCAAAGCUUCAAGAGUGGAUUUUCUUGGAGAAAUAUGGCUACCGCUAUGGUGACGGUUAUUCCCGUCCUUUGCUUCCUUCUGAGGUCCUGGCAAUUUUGAGGAGAAUUCGUGAAGAUACGAGAAAAAAGCUAUCUGCUAAAGGCUAUUACCCACAGGAGGGAUACAUCCUGCAAUACUUACCAGUACCUCCUAACUGUUUGUCUGUGCCUGAUAUAUCUGAUGGGAAUAGUAUCAUGUCUUCGGAUCACUCUAUAACAAUGCUAAGGAAGGUGCUGAGGCAAAUUGACAUAAUUAAAAGUUCAAGAUCUGGUACACCUAAUUUUGAGGCUCAUGAAGUGGAAGCAAAUGAUUUACAAGCAGCAGUUGUCCAGUAUCUCCAAUUUAGGGGGACAGGCAAGGCAUCCCGUGAUGUUGAUAAACGUUUUGGAGUAAACAAGGAAGCCGUUGAUACCACUACUAAAGCCUGGCUAGAGAAGAUGAAGACCUUAUUUAUCAGAAAGGGAUCUGGUUUCUCAUCUCGAAGUGUCAUAACUGGUGACCCAUACAAAGGGGUGGGUGAGAUUGGUUUGCCAUGUGAAAUUGCUCAGAAAAUUACUUUUGAGGAGAGAGUAAGCCAGCACAAUAUGGCGUACUUACAGAAAUUGGUGGAUGAAAAACUUUGUUUAACCUAUAAAGACGGGUCAAGUACUUAUUCUUUGAGAGAAGGGUCAAAGGGGCAUACAUUUCUACGACCUGGGCAAAUAGUGCAUAGGAGGAUAAUGGAUGGUGAUACCGUUUUCAUUAACAGGCCACCCACAACACAUAAGCACUCCCUUCAAGCCUUGUCAGUGUAUGUCCAUGAUGAUCACACUGUGAAGAUCAAUCCCCUCAUGUGCGGUCCCCUUAGUGCUGAUUUUGAUGGGGAUUGCAUUCAUUUGUUUUACCCUCAGUCCCUUGCUGCCAAAGCAGAGGUUAUGGAGCUUUUCUCUGUAGGGAAACAGUUAUUGAGUUCUCAUACUGGUAAUUUCAAUUUGCAGCUUGCGACUGACUCAUUGCUGUCAUUGAAAUUAAUGUUCUCGAAUUACUUCUUCCAUAGAGCUGCCGCCCAACAGUUAGCAAUGUUUCUUCAGAUGGCCUUACCUGAUCCUGCUCUAGUAGAUGUUCGUAAAUCUGGUACCAUGUGGACGACCUUGCAAAUCUUGGGGACUGCUUUACCUGAUCUUUUUGAUAGUUGUGGGGAGACACAUACAAUUGGCAAAAGUCAGUUCCUGGGAAUUGAUUACAACAGGGACAUGAUUUCAUCAAUUCUGAAUGAUGUUAUCACAGCUAUCUAUUUUAUGAAGGGUCCAAAUGAUGUAUUGAAGUUCUUCAAUUCCUUACAACCUCUUUUAAUGGAAAAUUUGUGCACAGAAGGGUUUAGUGUUAGUCUUCGAGAUUUCUACAUGUCAAAGGUUGUUAGGGAUGGUAUCCAGGAAAGAAUUCAGUGCCUGUCCAAGCUGCUAAAUAAUUUGCGGUCCUCCUAUAAUGAGUCGGUAGAAGUACAAUUGGAGCAUUACUUGCGUAAUGAGAAACUUCCAGUUAUUGACUUUGUGCUCAGGUUGUCUGACAUGGGUGUUUUAAUUGAUUCCAAGAGUGAAUCUGCCUUUAAUAAGGUGGUUCAGCAAAUUGGUUUCUUAGGCUUGCAAAUAUCAGACAGAGGCAAAUUUUACUCGAAGACACUGGUAAAUGACAUGGCUCAACUGUUUCAGAAGAAGUAUCCUUCUGUUGGUACUUACCCUUCUGAGGAAUUUGGAUUGGUUAGAAGCUGUCUGUUCCAUGGGUUGGACCCUUACCAGGAGAUGAUUCAUUCAAUCUCCAGUAGAGAAGUGAUUGUCCGCUCAACAAGGGGAUUAACCGAACCUGGGACAUUGUUCAAGAAUUUGAUGGCCAUUCUCCGCGAUGUAGUCAUUUGUUAUGAUGGGACCGUUAGGAAUGUUUCCAGCAACUCAAUUAUCCAGUUUGAGUAUGGGGCUAGCGGUGGCUCAAAUUUACCAAGUGAAUUUUGUGCUGGUGAUCCUGUUGGAGUGUUGGCUGCAACUGCUAUGUCCAAUCCUGCGUACAAGGCAGUUCUUGAUUCAUCUCCAAGCAGUAAUUCCUCCUGGGAGAUGAUGAAGGAGAUACUGCUUUGUGGUGUGAGCUUCAAGAAUGAUGUUUCGGACCGUCGAGUAAUCCUCUAUCUGAAUGAUUGUGGGUGUCGUAGAGGUUACUGCAGAGAAAAAGCGGCGUAUGUUGUCAAAAAUCAUUUGAGUAAAGUAUGUCUCAAGGAUGCUGCUGACGAGUUCUUGAUAGAAUAUGGAGGCCAACAAGCAGGAUAUGAGAAUUAUGAAACAGGGACAGGCCUCAUUGGUCAUAUUCAUCUCAACCAGAGACAGCUGGAAAAUUUGGGAAUCAGUGUUCUUGAGGUUCAAGAAAGAUGCCAAGAAAAAAUCAGUUCAUUCAAGAGGAAAAAGAAAAUUGGCAAUCUUUUCAAGAGAAUAGUUUUGUCAGUGAGUGAAUUUUGUUCGUUUUGCCACAAAUCAGGAAGUAAGUGUUUGAGCACACCAUGCUUGAGGUUUUCUUGGCCAGAUGCGAGCGACGAUCACUUAGAGAGGGUUUCUCAUAUUCUUGCUGAUAUGAUAUGUCCAACUUUGUUGGAUACAGUUAUCAAAGGUGAUCCAAGGGUUUCAAGUGCAAAUAUAGCUUGGAUUUCUCCUGACACAAUGUCUUGGAUUAGGAGUCCUUCCAAGAGUCAAAGAGGUGAAUUAGCUCUGGAUAUUGUUCUCGAGAGAGAAGCUGUUAAGCAAAGGGGAGAUGCUUGGAGGAUUCUUAUGGAUUCCUGUCUUCCUGUCAUCCAUCUGAUAGACACUACGCGCUCCAUUCCAUAUGCAAUAAAGCAAGUCCAAGAACUGAUUGGAAUUUCUUGUGCCUUUGAGCAAGCUGUUAAGCGCCUAUCAACGUCGGUUACAAUGGUUACAAAGGGUGUUCUCAAAGAUCACCUAGUUCUGUUAGCCAAUAGCAUGACGUGUGCAGGAAAUCUGGUUGGUUUCAAUGCCGGUGGUAUAAAAGCAUUGUCUCGAUCCCUGAAUGUGCAGAUACCAUUUACUGAAGCAACGCUAUUUACCCCAAGAAAAUGCUUUGAGAGGGCUGCUGAGAAGUGUCAUGUCGAUUCUUUGUCAAGCAUUGUGGCUUCUUGCUCCUGGGGAAAGCAUGUGGCAGUUGGUACUGGAUCUCGAUUUGAAAUUCUCUUGAACACGAAAAAUGUUGAAUGGAAUGUACCUGAUGCACGUGAUGUUUAUAGCUUCCUACACUUGGUGAGGAGCACCUCGGCUCAAGAAGUUGAAGGUACCAGUUGUCUUGGCGCAGAAGUUGAUGAACUGGAGGAAGACGAAGAUAUGGGAUUAUACUUGUCUCCCAAUCGGGACUCUGGUUCUGAUAUGCCCACUUUUGAAGAUAGAGCUGAAUUUGAAAACUUAGAUGAAGGAAAGCUAAGUGGCUCUGCAUGGGAUAAGGCAUCAUCUGAGUGUGCCAAAUCUGGUGGUAGCUGGGAUAUGGCUGGCAAAACCCAAAAUGAAACUGAGAAGGGUGUAAAUCAGUCAGAUUCGUGGUCCGCUUGGGGCAAAAAGGUUGAUGAAGCUGAAAAGGGUGUCAGUCAGUCAGAUUCCUGGUCUGCUUGGGGCAAAAAGGUUGAUGAAGCCGUUAGUGAUCAGAAUCAAUCUGGGAACGGAGAGCACCUAGGAUCAGGGUCUGCCUGGGGAGUAAAGGCCAACAAAGCUGACAGUAAUCCUCAAGAAUCUGGGGUUAUCGAGCAGUCCGGAUCAUGGUCAGCAUGGGGGAAAAAAUCGGAAAGAGAUGGUGGUUCUUCAUGGGGGCAAAAAGUUGAUGAAGCUGGGAAUGGAGAGCAGUCAGGAUCUUGGUCCUCACGGGGGAAAGAGGUGGAAAAAGAUGGUAGUUCUUGGAAUAAAAAGGUUGAGUCUCACCAAUCCUGGAAGGAAGAGGAUUCUGGAACUUUGCCCUCAUGGGAAAAAAAAGCGGAAAAAGAUGGUGGUGGUUCUUGGUCAAAAAAGGUGGACGGAGAUGGUGGUUCUUGGUCGAAAAAGGUGGACAGAGAUGGUAGUUCUUGGGGAAACAAAGGUGAAACUGAGAAUAGCCCUCAACUGUCUGAGAAAGAAGGGCAGUCAAAAUCUUGGUCCUCACGGGGAAAGGAGGUGGAAAAAGAUGGUGGGUUUUGGGGCAAAAAGGUGUCUGGGAGUGGCGAGCAGUCAGGAUCUUGGUCCUCAGGGGGGAAGAAGGUGGAAAAAGACGGUGGUUCGUGGAAUAAAAAGGUUGAGAUUCACCAAUCUGGGAAGGAAGAAGUGUCUGGAAAUUUGUCUUCAUGGGAAAAAAAAGUGGAACAAGAUGGUGGUUCUUGGUUGAAAAAGGUGGACAAAGAUGGUGGUUCUUGGGGGAACAAAGUUGAAACUCAGCAUAGCCCUCAACUAUCUGGGAAAGAAGAGCAGUCAGGAUCUUGGUCCUCAUGGCGGAAGCCAGUGGAAAAAGAUGGUGGGCCUUCUUGGGGGAAAAACAUUGAUGAACCUGAGAAUAACCCGAACCAAUCUGGGAAUGGAGAACUGUCAGGAUCAUGGUCCUCAAAGGGGAAGAAGUUGGAAAAGGAUGGUGGUUCUUGGGAUGGCCCUAAACAGUCAAAUUCUGAGUCGUCUUGGGGAAAAGCUACUAAAGGUGGUGAAUUGGGUUCAGCGACUACUGAAGGCAAUAGAAGUCUUGACCAGUCAGUCAAUGAUUGGAGCUCUAGUUUAAGUGGAGAUGGGCAGUUAAAUGAAUCAACACGCGAUGACUCUACGAAAAACGGUGGUUGGAAUUCUUCAGCAGUUGGUGGUUGGAAUUCUCAAAAGGCUGGCGUUGAGGAGAGUGAUAAGCAACCUCAAUGGGGUCAGCGCAGGCGUAAUCAGAGAGGCGAUUUUAAGGAAAAUUCACGAGGUUGGGGCUCUGCCAGUGGUGGAGAGUGGAAGAACAACCGGCCUGCAAGAUCAGCUGGUGACUCCAAUAAAGGUGGAAAUUUUACAGCGACGAGGCAAAGGAUGGAUAUUUUCACAGCAGAGGAACAAGAUAUACUUUCAGAUGUUGAUCCUAUUAUGCUGAAAAUUAGAAAGAUAAUGCACGGGACAGGGACUAAUGAUGGCGACCCAUUAUCUGCCGAUGACCAGUCAUACAUUAUUGACUCUGUUCUCAAUUAUCAUCCGGAUAAAGCUGUCAAAGUGGGAGCUGGUCUUGAUUAUAUUAUGGUUAGCAAACAUACUGAUUUCCCGGAUACUAGAUGCUUCUAUGUCGUCUCUACUGAUGGUGCCAAGCAAGAUUUCUCCACUCGGAAAUGUCUGGAGAACUACAUCAAAUCAAAAUAUCCUGAUAAGGCUGAGGCUUUCAAUGAGAAGUACUUCAAGAAGCCUCCUCCUCGAAUCCCUAAGAUUGCUUCUCCAUCGCUACCACCACCACCACCAGGUCCACCAUCAUCACCACCACUGCCGCCGCCACCACCAGGUCCACCACCAUCAGUUGAUAGAUCUUCUCCAUAGUUUGGGUAGUUGUACAGUUUAACAUGGGCCUCCUUGUGUAACAGACGGUAAAACAUUGAGCUGAACGAAGUGUGCAUGUUGACAAGUUGGCAGUUAGAAAGUUCUUGUGUAUAUACUUUAGUCCUUUUAACUUAUAAAAUUUUCAAUGAAGUCCCUUUCAAGGCUGUUUGGCAAUGGAGGCUUAGCCUAGAAGAACCUCUGUAAUCGACCAUUGCUGGUAUUGAUGAAUCAUUGAAAACGUCCCAUCUUUUUCUUA